AUGUUAGGACUUCGAAAUGCGUCUACUGAGCUAAGAGCGCUAACAGGCUUGCGCAUAAUUUUCAAGCGAUCAAAACCGUUGCAUAAUGCCACUUUGAUAACUAGACUAAGUUCUACCUCUGCUGGGAAGAAGAAUAAGGUAGUGUUCACCGAAGAACAGCUAAAAGAGGCACGCGAAGCACGUUUAAAGGGUUUGGAACCUUAUGUCUCGAAACUGCCCGCCAAGAUUAUUCCUUAUGCCGAGCUGAUGCGUUUGGAAAGACCAGUAGGAACCUGGCUAUUGUAUAUUCCAUGCACUUGGUCCAUCACGAUGGCCGCUACCCAAAGCUUGGCACCGGUUUCAACGACAUUAUGGACCUUGUUUUUGUUCGGGGCAGGUGCAUUGAUCAUGAGAGGCGCCGGAUGCACAAUUAACGAUCUUUUGGACCGCAAGCUCGAUGAUAAGGUUAUUAGAACAAUGGAAAGACCCAUUGCAGCCGGAAGAGUCUCUCCGACGCAAGCAGUGACGUUUCUGGGAGCUCAAACUGCUGUGGGAAUGGGUAUUCUUGCUCAAUUGCCAGCCGAUUGCUGGUGGUUGGGUCUUUCGUCGCUUCCUCUGGUUUUCUCGUACCCAUUGUUCAAGCGGUUUACAUAUUAUCCGCAGGUGGCAUUGAGUGCAUGUUUUACAUGGGGUGCACUAUUGGGAUAUCCUGCAAUGGGAUUUAUGGACUGGUCCGUAAUGCUUCCUUUAUACGCCAGCAGCUUUCUGUGGUGUAUGACCUACGACACUAUUUAUGCGCACCAAGACAAGAAAUUCGACAUCAAAGUUGGCAUCAAAUCCACCGCUUUGGCGUGGGGUGAUCGGAGUCGGAAAAUAUGUCUGGCAAUGUCUGUGGCUCAAAUGGGUUUACUAGGAACCGCGGGUGCCGCUAGUGGACUGCUUAUGGGACCCGGAUUUUUGGCAGGUAUGGCUAUUUUCGGUUACAGGCUGUUUUCCAUGGUUUUGAAAGUUGAUUUGGACAAUCCUGCAGAUUGUUGGAAGUAUUUCACCAGCAACAUUCGUUCUGGUUUGUACUUCAGCGCCGCCUUGUUGUUUGACUACGUUUUGAAGAUCUUAGGCGUAUUGUAA